AUGAGCAAGACAGGCAUCUCAGACGAUUGUAUUGUACAUAGUCGAAAAUAUUUAUCGAACUUUCAUGCCAAUGUCAACGAACUUCAUCGAACGAAAGAGUUCAGCUAUCCAAUUUUACAAAAACUACCGAAACUAUGUUGUUCAUGCGAAAAUAAAAAAGGUUUACUAAAUCUAAUAUUGAUUUCUAAUCGAAUUCGAAUUUAUUUAGGUGAACACAUCUUUACAAUCGCUCAUCUACGCAAAUUAUGCCAACAAAUUCAAAUGCUCAAAAACAAUCUCUCGACAAGUCAAUUACAAUGUGAUGAUUCGACAAUUUACUAUGUCAUCUUAACACAUACCGAGAAAUUGACAUUUUCACAAUGUCUGUACAAAAUCGGUCGUUUUGUCGGACACAAUGGUGAAUCUCUUCAACGUUUCGAAAGCUCACGAAACAUUACGAUUUACAUUGUUAACGAACGAUCAAAUAAAAAACUUCGAGAAUUAGCCGAUCGAUUCCAAAUCAAAUAUCGCCAGUAUUCAAUUGAAAGUUAUAUGUCUUUACAAGAAAAUAGGAAAAUGAGCACCGAUUUUGAUGAGAUCCCGCCCGAUGAAUUCAUCGAUAUCGAUGAUUUAUUUUCCCUCCCAAUGGAUUUCAUGUCGAACGACGAAUACGAUGCUCUUGCGAUAUUUAAUAAUAAAGCAAUGCUAACUGAUCAUCCGACGAUGUCAUCAAUACCGACGAUCGAUGAGGAUUCAAUUGAGAGGUUAACUCCGCCGAAUACCUCUGAGGCAGAUUAUUUAUCAAAUCUAGUUUGUCGUGUUUGUGGUGCCCGAGCAUAUGGUUACAAUUUCGAUCAAAUCACUUGUGAGUCUUGCAAAGCGUUUUUCCGUCGAAAUGCUUUCAAAGAUUUGUCGAAUUUCAAAUGUCGUCAUUCCGGUUUGUGUAUUAUCACUGAACAAACGCGACGGCGAUGCACAUAUUGUCGAUUGAAGAAAUGUUUCGAUGUGAAGAUGCGCAAAGAUUGGAUUCGAACUGACGAAGAACGUCAAUUUCGAAAGAUGAUAAACUCGGAAAAAGACCAGAAGAAAUCGAUCAAUGAGAAACAAAUCGCCAAGAAUUUCCCGCUCGUUGUUCGAAAGAAAAAACGUCUAACACUUCUCAUGAAAAGAAUCUCCAUUCCAAAAAUCAAUUAUUUCCUCUCGGAUGACGAUCGAAGUUUACUGAAUAAUAUCACAAACGCGUAUCAAAAAGGUAUUUCGCAAACAGAUGGCUUUCGAAUUUACAAAUGUACAUCAACACCAUCGUUAGUCGAAUAUAUGAAUAAUGAAACUCAUACACAUGAAUCAUUAAUUCAUUUUUUUAAAUCAAUUCCGCAAUUUAAACAAUUCGCUAUAUCCGAUCAAAUCUCAUUAAUUAAAUUCAAUCAGUUAACUCUCAUUCAUUUGCAUUAUAUUGUCAUCAGGAACUUUCGAGAGAAUCUUUUAGUCGGACAACUCAUGAGUGAAUGGGUCGGCGGAUAUUUCCAUCAACAAAUGUCCAAAACACGCCACUAUUUCGAUAUGUUUAUCGAAUAUCCGUUAAUCUUGAAAUUAACUCUCGUUGUUCUCAUAUUUUCAACGAGUUUAUCAAUGCCACACUGUUACAAUGAUCAAUUUAUUAAAUAUGAAAAUCAAAAAGAAAUUUUUCAAUGUCAAAACUAUUACACUUCAUUAUUAUGGCGUUAUCUCAACCAUUUAUUCGAAGAAAAACAAGCAAUUCGAUCAUUUCAACUAAUUGUUACACAAUUGUUACGUUUUCAAACAUUAAUGGAUGUUUUCGAAGGAUUUGCUCACCAAGAUCAAAAUCGACAUUCAUUCAAUCAAUUAAUGAAAUCACUUAUUCUAUUUAAAUAA